AUGUCGCAACAAAAAGCCCCAACCCAACAUUCGAAAGUGAUAGAUCACGGGAACGGCUGGAAGAAGCCUCAGGGGUCAGAAAGGGGUACAUUCGGCGGCUCAACUCAUGACAACCAAAUCUUGACGUGGGGCGUCAACGAUGAAGGGGCUUUAGGAAGAGAUACUGGACAAGAUAAAGACGAAGACGCUGGCGACGGCAGAGGCAAAUCCCUGUCGGGCGAUGAGAGCGAUGAAGAUGAAGUUACUUACAAUCUAAAAGAAGCUACUCCAUUACCUGUGGAUCCUUCACAUUUCCCACGAGACACUGUCUUCUCUCAACUUGCUGCCUCAGACAGUGCAACCUUUGCUCUGUUGACGAUGGCCGGGUCUAUGGCUGGGGAACUUUCCGAGUAUGUUUGCCGAUGGUCUGGCUCCGAACUCUUGAAUUUCACCAAUUGA